UAAAUUAGUCUAAUUGAAGUGCUCAGUCUUAAAAAAAAAAAAAACUAUUUAGGCGCUGUCACGUCCCUCCCGAGCCAAAAACAGAGCCAUUAAGGGACACAGAGAAGAGAUUUAGGUCUCGUAGGCAUCUCUAAGGUUGUUACUUGGGUAGAAGAAGGAGGUGAAGAACGGGAGAAUAUCAACAGGUUGAUUCUUAUAUAAAAGAAGAAGGAUUGCCAAUUUUGCAGCAUGAAUUUCAAAAACCAUGAUGUAACCAUGAAAAACUAAUUCAGAUUUAUGGGAAGCUUCACUUUGCGAUGAUUAUUUCCAGUAAAAGUGUGGUGAUGGCUAGGCAGGGAUUCAUGGGAAAGGAGCUGAGAUAACUUCUUGAAUAGCAAGCCACAGCCGUCAGCAUGUUGUCCAACUCUCGUAAGAAGUCGGACACCAUGUCCAGCUGUGACAGUCUGGCUGGGAAGUACAUAAAAAAGGAAUCUCCUCCCGAGGUGUCCAUCAUUAAUGUCUGGCCAAAUGCAAGUCAGGGUGAUUUGAGAAAGAGGAAGAGUACAGUCAAUCCACCCUAUGUUAGUAGCAGUAAUCCUCCAUCCCACCAGGCCUCACCCUUAGUCCAAAAGUAUUCCACGGGGUCUAGGACGCCAGUGAAUGGAAUGGCCCAUGGAGGACUGGAAGGCAAAUACACUCCUAAUGUUGGGGAAGUUACGCAGCGGAUGGGUGGCCUCCACCUGGGCAGCCGAGGGAGCCUUGAUGGCAUGUUAAAGCAGCAAGCACCCCCUUCGCCAGCUAUGUUUAACCACACAUUCAUUAACCAUUAUACAGGAUCUCAGUACAGUCUUGAUCAAAUACUCUAUGGACCGAGUCACAUCAGGUCACCACUAGAAGCAACAACCCAGGGUAUUUCUUACCCUUUCCUCCAUCAGUCUGGUAAGACAACAACUGUCUCAAUCAAAUACUCAUCUUGGGGGAGGUUCGCCUCAACCCCCUUCCCCUCGCCUUGAACAAGAGCUUCCUUUACCUCCAGGAUGGUCUGUAGACUACACUCUAAGGGGAAGAAAGUAUUACAUAGAUCACAACACAAAGACAACUCACUGGUCACAUCCCUUGGAGAAGGAAGGUCUUCCUGCUGGAUGGGAGCGUAUUGAGUCUCUAGAACAUGGUGUUUAUUAUGUCAAUCACAUCACUCGGCAAGCCCAGUAUGAGCACCCAUGUGCACAACAGUAUCUUCCAAGAAUUCCAGAGAAUUCAGCUCUUGCCCAGAAUAGAAUGUUACCUAUUCCACAUCACACAGAUUUCCGUCAGCCAUUGUCACUCAUGCCAGCAUCACCAUACCUCCACGAGAAAAUUCCUUAUUGGCUACAUGUGUAUUCUCAAGCCUCACCAGAACAUGACCACAAGUUAAGAUGGGAACUCUUCAGACUACCGGAGCUGGACUGUUACCAGGCAAUGCUCAACAGACUCUUCAAACAUGAGCUUCAUGGCAUUGUGAUGAGUUAUGAAAUGUACCGUAUUGCUCUGACCAAAGAGAUUGAAAGAAGAAUGCAGCAGAUGAACACACCAAUGGCAGGAGGGGCAGAGACCACAAGUGGGGUGACCAUAACAGAAAUUAAGGAUGAGGAUUCUCACAGUACUGAAAACGUCUCUUCUAAUGAACAUUUCAAGCAGCAGAUACUAAAUGCAGAUAACUUAUUUGAGUCUAAAGUGAGGAGAGUGUAUCGUCUCUAAGGCACUAAAAACUAAA